GUUCACGUGUUCUGUACCCUGUUCACGUGCUGGUCCGACCGCGUUUUCCAGACGAUUCUCUUAUUAUAUUCGCGUGAAGGUUUUUUCCACUACAUCAUAAGGUGAACAAGCUUAUAUAAGGCCGUGGUUUGUGAACACUUUUAUCAGAGAAGACACUCAGUUCCCACACUUCUUUUCGAACCCGUAGAAACACGAAUACGGCACACCUACCCACCUAAUCAUGGCGGCCUUUACUGUGGAGAGUCCCAACGUUCGCUACACCGACAGCCUCAUUGAAAGCAAGUACCGGUACCAGACAACCACUGUCACCCGGGGAGUAAAUGGCGCUCACAAGGUUGUUCCUGUGGAGACAUCUAUCGACUUCCAGACGGAGCGCCGUGUGCCCAGGCUGGGCUGCAUGCUGGUAGGAUGGGGCGGAAACAACGGUUCAACUGUCACUGCUGCCAUUCUGGCCAACAGGCUGGGCCUGACCUGGAACACCAAGGAAGGCCUGCAGAAGUCCAACUACUUCGGCUCCAUCACCCAGGCCUCCACCGUCCUGCUGGGCUCCGGGCCGGAGGGAGACGUCUACAUCCCCCUCAAGGACCUUCUGCCAAUGGUCGACCCCAAUGACAUUGUGCUGGAUGGAUGGGACAUCUCCGACAUGAACCUGGCUGAUGCGAUGGAGCGUGCCAAGGUCCUGGACUACGACCUGCAGCGCCAGCUCCGCCCCCACAUGGAGCACCUGAAGCCACGGCCCUCCAUCUACAUCCCCGACUUCAUCGCAGCCAAUCAGGAGUCCCGAGCUGAUAACGUCAUCAAAGGCACCAAAAUGGAGCAGCUGAAUCAGAUCCGGGAGGACAUCCGCGAUUUCAAGACUAAGAACGACCUGGACAAGGUGAUUGUCUUGUGGACAGCCAACACGGAACGUUUCAGUGAUGUCCUGACCGGGCUUAACGACACAGCUGCUACACUACUGAGUGCUAUUGAGAAGAAUGCCUGUGAGGUUUCACCAUCUACACUCUUUGCUGUCGCCAGUAUUCUGGAAGGGAGUGCCUACAUCAACGGAUCCCCCCAAAACACAUUUGUACCAGGAGUGGUUGAGCUGGCAGAACAGUAUGGCGUCUUCAUUGGAGGAGAUGAUUUCAAGUCAGGACAGACAAAGAUCAAGUCUGUUCUGGUGGACUUCUUGGUUAAUGCAGGCAUCAAGCCUGUGUCCAUUGUCAGCUACAACCACCUUGGUAACAAUGAUGGGAAGAACCUGUCCGCACCAAAGCAGUUCAGGUCCAAGGAGAUCUCCAAGAGCAACGUUGUGGACGACAUGGUGGAGUCUAACGACAUCCUGUACAGCGAUGGCGAGAAGCCUGAUCACUGCGUCGUCAUCAAGUACGUGCCGUACGUGGGUGACAGUAAACGCGCGAUGGACGAGUACACGUCAGAGAUCAUGAUGGGCGGACAUAACACCAUCGUGGUGCACAACACGUGUGAGGACUCCCUGCUGGCCAGCCCCCUCAUCCUGGACCUGAUCAUCCUGACAGAGAUGUGCCAGAGAAUCAAGUUCAAAGUCGGAGAAGACACUGAGUACCAGACAUUCCACUCUGUGCUGUCGAUCCUGAGCUACCUGUGCAAGGCCCCACUGGUACCAGCCGGCACGCCUGUUAUCAACGCACUGUUCCGACAGAAAUCUUGCAUUGAGAACAUCUUCAGAGCAUGUGUCGGACUGUCGCCAAUCAACCACAUGGGCAUUGAGCACAAGCUGAGUCGACCAGUAUCCUUCUCGCCCAAAGUCCCAGAGCAGUCAUCUGUAGAUAUACCUGACACAAAAAGGCCCAGGGUUGCGUCCCAAGAUAUCCCCAAUGGUAGUCCGAUUGUUAGCAAUGGUUACCACUAGUUUCUGUGGUGUUUUGUUCAAAUUUGGCUGAUUUAUAAAUCCACACACUGAUUAAGAGGAAAGCAUUACCUGCUUAACAUAAAUUGUAGCAUGUGUCAGGGUGUCUUUCAAGCAUAGCAUUGUAAUGUUCUGAUGCUUAGAGCAGUGCUUCAACAGCUAUACUGUGUCUGUGGUGGACUACUUGGUUGAUUAUAAAUGUUUGGGACAAGUAAUCUUGGCCUGGAGUAGUGAUGAGAACUUUAAUAUGCACAUUCA